AUGCAGAACAAUUACGAAAGAAGUUAUGAGCCUACGGGAAACAUGGCAGAGUUUCCAAGGGCGUCUCUCAGUUUCCAAUCCGAUUCUGAUUAUGAACUUUCCAUCUCAGAGUACCCGUGGCUGGCCAAAGGCCCAUACGGUCAUUACUGUUAUGAUCUCUUCUACGAUCGUUCCCAAUCUUCCAGCACCACCGCCAUCGACAUCGAACGGGGUGACGCUGGUUUUCAUGACGGUGAAAGCCUUGCAACCGAGAGCAGGGACACCAGCCUUGGGGACGAUGCAGGGAGGCCUUCGGUAUUGGUCCGAUCGCUGAGCGCAAAGUCUGUGGAGGAUCCCAACCUGGUUACAUGGUCUGGGCCUCAUGAUCCAGCCAAUCCCUUGAACUGGAGCUACUCUAGGAAAUGGGUAGCCACGGUACUCGUUUCCUGCUUCACUUUUAUAUCGCCCGUCUCAUCGACCAUGGUGGCCCCGGCGCUGCCGGAGCUGGCUCGCCAGUUCAAUGUAUCCUCUUCCGUCGAGCAGAUGUUUCUCAUGUCGAUCUUCCUUCUUGCCUAUGCAGUUGGACCGUUUGUUCUAGGCCCUCUCUCUGAGAUUUUUGGCCGGGUAGUCGUCCUGCAGUCGGCAAAUAUGUUCUACCUGGUGUUCAACACGGCCUGCGGGUUUGCUAGAACUAAGGAGGAGAUGCUCGCCUUCAGGUUCCUUAGCGGUCUCGGAGGGAGCGCUCCACAAGCUCUUGGUGGAGGCGUUCUGAGUGAUUGCUGGCGUGCGGAGGAACGCGGCAAAGCUGUGGCCAUCUACAGCCUCGCUCCCUUCCUCGGUCCUGCUGUGGGGCCUAUCGCCGGCGGAUACAUAGCUCAGUACACUACCUGGCGAUGGAUCUUCUGGUCCGUGUCGAUUGCCGAUGCCGUCGUGCAGCUUCUGGCUUUCCUUUUUCUACAAGAGACCUAUGCGCCGAAGAUUCUCGCCGUCAAGGCGAAGAAACUGCGGCAAGAGACCGGCAACGAUGCGCUGCAUACAAAGUGGCAGAGCCCGGAUCACUCGUUCGGACAGAUCCUUAGGAAGAAUCUCGUACGACCCUUCAUCAUGCUCGGCACGCAGCCUGUUAUUCAGGCUCUUGCCAUAUACAGAGCAUAUCAAUAUGGAAUCAUGUACCUCGUUCUCGCAUCGUUCCCCAUGAUUUGGGAAUCGGUAUACAAGCAGAACGUUGCCACUGCCAGUUUGAAUUAUAUCUCUCUUGGGAUCGGAUUCGUAAUCGGUCUUCAAAUCUGCGGUCCAUUGAUGGACAGGAUAUAUUGCGCUUUGAAAAAGCAGCGUAACGAGCCGGGCCGCCCCGAGUUUCGGGUGCCUUUGAUGCUUCCCGGUGGACUCCUCGUCCCAAUCGGGUUCCUUAUCUACGGCUGGUCCGCACAUUUCGCUACGCAUUGGAUCGUUCCCAACAUCGGCGCCGUCAUCUUUUGCAUAGGCUUGAUUAUCAGUUUUCAGUGUGCGCAGGCCUAUAUGGUCGAUGCGUACACACGGUAUGCUGCAUCUGCUACAGGCGCGGCCGCCUUUGUGCGCACCAUGGCGGGUUUUAGCUUUCCGUUAUUUGCGCCGAAGUUGUACGAGAGCCUUGGCCUUGGGUGGGGCAAUAGCUUGCUCGCCUUCGUGUCUCUUGGUCUUGGGAUAGUCGCGCCUGUCUUGCUCUGGAAGUAUGGGCAAUGGCUGCGCUCUAGGAGUACAUAUUGCGCUGGGUAG